CAGCAAGACGACGAAUUUAGAAAGCAGAGACUCCUGCGCCGCUACAGCAAAGCAAAGCAUCUCGCGCCCUAGCCAAGCCAGCCAUGGCGCCGUCGUCGAGGAAAGAGAGGGCGGCGGAGGCGAGGGCGAGCACCUCCAAGCCGUCUCCUGCGCCGGCCCCGGCGCCGGCGGUCCAGGUGCAGCGGCGGCCGGUGGGCGGGGGCCGGUGGACGAGCCGCCGGAUAUCGUUCUACGCCUCCCGCGCCUUCUUCCUCCUCAUCAUCCUCCAGAUCCCGCUCUUCAGGGUCCCUUGUAGAGCAGGCACAUGCACAACGCCCAUUCAAGUUACAUCUUCGCAGUUGGUCUCAAAUGAGAUAUUCCCACCAUCUGUUGUGAAAGCCCUUCUCUUCCCUGGGGCUAUAGCAAGCAACCUUACUAAGAGCAUGACAUUUCCUAGGUGGAAUGACCUGUUUGAUAUUUACAAUUUGACAGAAGCCAAGACCGCUUCAGCAGUAAUUGAUCUCCAGCGUCUAGAGAUUCUUGCUGGAAGCUACUUCUGUGCUGCUGGAGCACUUGUUGGUGUCAUAAACCCUGGGAGGAUGACCUUGUUUGGUACCCUUUUGGUUAUCUGGGGUCUAGUGAAAGAAGCGCUCUUUGGGAAACCGGUGAACAGUGAUCCAACACAAUCAGUUCAUGUUUAUCCGACCAUUUUAAUUGCACUGAUUUGUGCAUUCUUGUCAAUAACUUACAAUGUAAAGAAGACAGUAAGAAAUAGUCAGUCUGUUUCAAUCACUAAGCCUCUGCAAAGUUCUGCCAAGUCGAAACUGAAGUAGACACUUCAUUGUCUAUUUGCCCCUUCAUCCUUGUAGUUCAUUUCCACAAAUUUAUUGUUGAAGACUGGCCCAAAGGAUAACACUACUGUGGUUCUUGUGUACCACUUUGAAUACUGUAACCUUCAGUUUUCACCUUUGUAUCAAAGACUUAUAUCUAUAACUUUUAUUGCAAGCAUAUUCACUUUAAUUUCCCUCGUA